GUCCUCCGCCCGUCGCGGCCACGUGAUUCAGCUAAGAUGGCCGACGGGGAAAGUGGCUGCCCGGUGGGGCGGGAACCGGAGCAGGCGCCGGGACCGGAGCCGGGAGAGGAGUUCGAGAUUGUGGACCGAAGCCAGCUGCCUAGCCCUAGCGAGCUGCGGAGCGCGGCCAAGCCGCGGGUGGGGCCGGAGGGCUGGUCGGCGCCCAUCCUGACCCUGGCGCGGAAGGCCACUGGCAACCUGUCGGCAAGCUGCGGGAGCGCGCUGCGCGCGGCCGCGGGACUGGGAGGCGCGGACGGAGGCGCGGACGGCGCGGCGCGCGCAGCUUCCAAGUGCCAGAUGAUGGAGGAGCGUGCCAACUUGAUGCACAUGAUGAAACUCAGCGUCAAAGUCUUGCUCCAGUCUGCCCUGAGCCUGGGCCGCAGCCUGGAUGCGGACCAUGCCCCCUUGCAGCAAUUCUUUGUAGUGAUGGAGCACUGCCUCAAACACGGGCUGAAAGUCAAGAAGAGUUUUAUUGGCCAAAAUAAAUCUUUCUUUGGUCCUUUGGAGCUGGUGGAGAAACUUUGUCCAGAAGCAUCAGAUAUAGCCACCAGUGUCAGAAAUCUGCCAGAAUUAAAGACAGCUGUGGGAAGAGGCAGAGCAUGGCUUUAUCUUGCACUCAUGCAAAAGAAACUGGCAGAUUAUCUGAAAGUGCUUAUAGACAAUAAACAUCUCUUAAGUGAGUUCUAUGAGCCUGAGGCAUUGAUGAUGGAAGAGGAAGGGAUGGUGAUUGUGGGUCUGCUGGUGGGACUCAAUGUUCUCGAUGCCAAUCUCUGCUUAAAAGGAGAAGACUUGGAUUCUCAGGUUGGAGUGAUCGAUUUUUCCCUCUACCUUAAGGAUGUGCAGGGUCUUGAUGGCGGCAAAGAGCACGAAAGAAUUACUGAUGUCCUUGAUCAAAAAAAUUACGUGGAAGAACUUAAUCGGCACUUAAGCUGCACAGUUGGGGAUCUUCAAAACAAGAUAGAUGGCUUGGAAAAGACGAAUUCAAAACUUCAAGAAGAGCUUUCAGCUGCAACAGACCGGAUUUGUUCACUUCAAGAAGAGCAGCAACAAUUAAGAGAACAAAAUGAGUUAAUUCGCGAAAGAAGUGAAAAGAGCGUGGAGAUAACAAAACAAGAUACAAAAGUUGAGCUGGACACUUACAAGCAAACUCGGCAAGGUCUGGAUGAAAUGUAUAGUGAUGUGUGGAAGCAGCUAAAAGAGGAGAAGAAAGUCCGUUUGGAACUAGAAAAAGAACUGGAGCUGCAGAUUGGAAUGAAGACGGAGAUGGAGAUCGCAAUGAAGCUGCUCGAAAAGGACACCCACGAGAAGCAGGACACCCUAGUCGCCCUCCGCCAGCAGCUGGAGGAAGUCAAAGCCAUCAAUUUACAGAUGUUUCACAAAGUUCAGAAUGCAGAGAGCUGUUUACAGCAGAAGAAUGAAGCCAUCACAUCUUUUGAAGAAAAAACCAACCAGGUUAUGUCCAGCAUGAAACAGAUGGAAGAAAGAAUAUAUAAAGAACUCUCAAAACUCAACAGACAACCCAGUUGAAAAAUGGACAAAAGACUUGAAUGGACACUUCGCCAAAGAGGACAUAGGGAUGGCAAAUAAGCACACAAAAAGAUGUUCAGUGUCAGUAGCCAUCAAGGAGGUACAUGUUUUGUUAUGUUUUGUUGUAAAUAUUCAUUUUUGAAAGAGUGCAAGCAGGGGAGGGGCAGAGAGAGGGGGACAGAGGUGGGCUUUUGUGCUAACAGCAGUGAGCCCUAUGUGGGUUCGAACUCACAAACCACAAGAUGAGGACCUGAGCCAAGGCAGACACUCAACCGACUGAGCCACCCAGGCACCCCCAGGGAAGUACAUGUUAAAAUCACCGUGAGAUGCUACUACACACCUGUUAGAACAGCUAAAUAUCUUUUUAAUGACAAUACCGAGUAUUGACGGGGCUACAGAGCAACUAGAACUCUCCUACAUGACCGGUGGGGAUGCCAAAUGGUACAGCCACGUUGGGAAACAGUGUCUUAAAAUAAAGCUAACCUUACUCUUCCAUCUGACCCAACAAUCCCACUCCUGGGUAUCAGCCCAAGAGAAAUGGAAACUAAUGUCUGCACAAAAGCCCAUACACAAAUGUUUGUAGCAGGUCUAUUCAUUAUUGUCAAAACUAGAAGCGAGUUAGAGGUUUUUCAUCGAGUGAAGUAAGAACAAACUGGUACCCUGUACAGUGAAAUAGUACUCAGGCAGAGGAAGGAAUGAGCCACUGAUCCACAAACUUGAUUUCAGCAAUACUAAGCUGAGAGAAAGAAGCCAGGCUUAAAACGUUAUUUAUAGAAAGUAUGAUUCCACUUAUAGGACACUCUGGAAAAGAAAAAGUCAUGGUAUCAGAGCCCAUCAGGGGUCAGGGGUGGGAAGGGAGCCUUCAGGGGUGACAGAACUGCUCUGUCUCUUGAUCACCAUGGUGGUUCCAUGGGUCUAUCCGUGUGCUAAAAACUCUGGGAACUGGGCACACACAUGAGUCAAUCUUACUGUGUGCAUAUUUACAAUGCAAGCCACGAGAACAGGAAAACACGAUACCUUCGGUGGCGAGGGUGGCUCCUUUCCUUAU